UCCUCUCUUCACACUCUCUCACCAUAAGUAAAAAGAAAAAAAAACACACGAACCCAAAAAAAAGAGAGUGAAAAUCCUAAGUAAGAAGAAGAUCGUUCGUCCAUUACCCAGCAGAAUCUUAGCUGGAUCCACCACUCUCCAAAAAAACUCUCUAAUCUUUUCUUGAGAAAAUCCUGAAGAAGAAAAUAAACAUAAAGACAGUGAAAGAGAAAGAGAGAGAGUCCCUACAGUAGUAUCAGAUCUAGUUCACUGAAAAAAGAAGAAGAACACAAUGCUCUUCUUAUUGUUCUUCUACUCUCUCUUCUCAUCUUCGCUCGCCGACCGCCGAGUCCUCCACGAGCCCUUCUUCCCAGUAGAUUCUCCACCACAGUCACCUCCUCAAUCUCCUCCGCCGCCGCUACCUAAGCUUCCUUUCUCUUCCACCACUCCUCCAGACGCCACCUCACCUCCUUUCUUCCCUACAUACCCUUCACCUCCUCCGCCUCCUUCUCCAGCAUCCUUCGCAACCUUCCCCGCCAACAUCUCCUCUCUCAUCGUCCCUCACGCCACCAAAUCGCCGCCUAACUCCAAAAAGCUCCUCAUCGUCGCAAUCUCCGCCGUUACCUCCGCCGCUUUAGUCGCCGCCCUAAUCGCCUUGCUCUAUUGGCGACGCAGAACAAGAAGUAGCAGCCAGGAGAGCAACGCGCCCGAUGAUAGCAAGACGUGGACGACCGACAGCAGCCGCAGAGUCUAUCCGCCUCCUCCUUCAUCAGCAGCUCCUUCAGCACGUCGCAAUGCUGAAGGUAGAGUUAGUAAGCAGAGGACAACGACGACGAGGAGCUCAGCCAACACUAGCUCGGAGUUUCUCUACUUGGGAACGAUGGUGAAUCCGAGAGGAGUCGAGGAUCAUCAAUCCGAGAGUAGGAGUAACCGUAGCAAUAACGGCUCGAGCUCGAGGAAGCUCGAAUCUCCAGAUCUGCAGCCUCUUCCUCCUCUCAUGAAACGAAGCUUCCGCCUGAAUCCAGAGGUUGGAUCGAUAGGAGAGGAAGAGGAGGAAGAGUUUUACUCUCCCCGAGGCUCAGCGAGCGGGCGGGUCGGAUCCGAGUCCAGGAGAGUUUUCGCGGCGGUUACGAAUCAAAACGCUAGUAGAUCUGUGAACAACGACACUAUCUCCUGCUCAUCAUCGAGCUCAGGCUCACCGGGGAGAUCCACCUUCAUCAGCAUUUCUCCCUCGAUGAGCCCGAAGAGAUCCGAACCUAAAGAAACCGUGAUCUCCGCACCGGAGCCGCCACCGAAGACUUCUCCCGGAAGCUCCGAAUCAUCCCCGGCGAAGAUAACCGAUUUUCGAUUGGUUAGGUCUCCGUCGCUGUCACUAGCUUCUUUAUCGCCGAGACUCUGCCCGGCAAAAAUCGCCGACGGAGGAGGCGGAUUAGGUCAAAUCUCGAGAUCUCCGACGGUUACAUCUCUCACGACUACUUCACCAGAAAGAGAGAACAACAAAAAAGAAGAAAACACUCUCCAGAAUCUCAACGACGAAGACGACUCUCCUCGAAGCUCUUCACGAUCAUCAUCCGCUUCAACGUCGCCAGAGAGACGACCUAACGAUACUCCAGAAGCUUACUUGCGAUCACCGACGCACUCUUCCGCUUCCACAUCACCGUAUCGAUGCUUCCAGAAGUCUCCGGAGGUGUUACCGGCGUUCAUGAGCAAUCUCCGGCAAGGAUUGCAGUCUCAGCUACUCUCUUCUCCGGGACAAGGCUUCCUCAGCGAGUUAGACGCGUUACGUGAUGAGAAAGCUUCUCACAAGUCGCCGGAGAAAGCUUCUCACAGUCCACAGUCUGCCUCGUCAUCAUCUCUGUCAUCAUCUCCAGAUAGAGACUUCAGCCACAGCUUAGAUGUAUCUCCACGAAUCUCCAACAUUUCAUCUCAGAUUCUACAGCCUCCUGUUGCGUCUGCAGCAACUGUAGGAGGUUCGCGAGUGCCACCACCGCCUCCGCCGCCUCCUCCAUCGUUUCCAACAUGGGCACGCCGGAAUAAUACUAAGGCCCGACCACCUCCUCUCACUCCGCCUUCGAAUCCUUUUGUGAUCCCAUCCGAAAACCUUCCCAAGAAGACUUCAGCAGAAGAGACUCAAAAAGAUACGUUUAGUGAUGCCAAUGAUGAGCCUGCAGAGGAAACUCCUAAACCGAAGCUAAAGGCGUUACAUUGGGAUAAAGUCAGAGCAAGUUCCGACCGUGAGAUGGUCUGGGAUCAGCUUCGAUCAAGCUCUUUCAAAUUAGAUGAAGAGAUGAUUGAAACAUUGUUUGUGGCAAAGUCGUUAGACUCCAAACCAAAUCAGAGCCAGACAACUCCAAGAUGUGUUCUCCCUAGCCCGAACCAAGAGAACAGAGUCUUGGACCCUAAGAAGGCUCAGAAUAUUGCAAUCUUGCUUCGUGCACUUAAUGUCACUAUUGAAGAAGUUUGCGAAGCUCUGCUUGAAGGCAAUGCUGAAACACUUGGGACUGAACUUCUUGAGAGCUUACUCAAGAUGGCGCCAACGAAAGAUGAAGAGCGCAGGUUAAAAGAGUACAAGGAUGAUUCGCCUGUAAAGCUUGGACAUGCUGAGAAGUUCCUCAAGGCAAUGCUAGACAUCCCUUUUGCCUUUAAAAGAGUUGACGCAAUGCUCUAUGUUGCUAACUUUGAUUCCGAGGUUGAAUACCUGAAGAACUCUUUCCAGACUCUUGAGGCUGCUUGUGAGGAGCUGAGGAACAGCAGGAUGUUCUUAAAGCUUUUAGAAGCGGUUCUAAAGACAGGAAACCGCAUGAACGUUGGGACGAACCGAGGCGAUGCACAUGCGUUCAAGCUCGACACGCUCCUCAAGCUGGUCGAUGUCAAAGGCGCUGAUGGGAAAACAACUCUCUUGCAUUUCGUUGUUCAAGAGAUCAUCCGAGCAGAAGGCACACGUCUCUCAGGUGACAAUACACAAACGGAUGACAUCAAAUGCAGGAAACUCGGCCUCCAAGUAGUAUCAAGUCUAAGUUCGGAGCUUAGCAACGUCAAGAAAGCUGCUGCAAUGGACUCAGAAGUACUAAGCAGCUACGUCUCCAAGCUUUCCCAAGGCAUUACCAAGAUCAACGAAGCAAUCCAAAUCCAAUCAACAAUCACAGAAGAAAGCAGCAGCAAUAGCGAGAGAUUCUUGGAAUCUAUGAACACGUUUCUGAAAAGAGCUGAAGAAGAUAUCAUCAGAGUACAAGCUCAAGAGAGCGUAGCGUUGUCUCUUGUGAAAGAGAUCACAGAGUAUUUCCAUGGGAACUCGGCUAAAGAAGAAGCGCAUCCGUUUAGGAUAUUUUUGGUGGUUCGAGACUUCCUCGGGGUAGUGGACAGAGUCUGCAAAGAAGUAGGGAUGAUAAACGAAAGAACAAUGGUUAGUUCUGCUCACAAGUUUCCAGUUCCAGUGAACCCAAUGCUGCCACAGCCUCUGCCUGGACUGUUCGGACGAAAGCAGUCUUCGUCUUCUUCUUCCUCUUCAUCUUCAGACGAUGAACAUAACUCAUCUCAUUAGUUUAUUUAAGGUGGGAUCAGCUUUGUUUGUGUAAGUUGUAAAAUGUAAUCCAGUUUGUUUUUGCCAUAAAAAAAUAUAACAUAUAUAGAGAGCGGAGGGAAACAGAGACACAAGUAUUUAUUUUUUCUACAUUUCUUGUAAAAUAAUAUAGGUUUUAUGUUUAAAA